GAUCUUGUGUUUACCAAAUCAUUGUUAGCACAGAUGUUCCAAAUUGAUUGAUAGCAAUUAAUAUCUAGUCAGCGUCAUAUGAGCGUGACAACUGUAUCCGUCAAGUCACAUUAUUCAAAGAGUGUUUAACGAACGAUUUUUUGCUGAUUUUGUUCGUUAGUUGACGCAAAUUGUUAUUUGUUAUUGCAAUACCCUAUAGAUCUCUGUGACAAUGAAUACUCUGGUGGUGAUGAUGUCUGGCUGCCUGGUGAUGGUCCUGUGUAUGGCAGGCCUGGAGGCCAAGUGUGACCUUCCACCCAGUCUCUGGUGCUCCUCAGGGGAUGUGGCUAAGCAGUGUGGGGUUUAUGAUCAGUGUCGCGAUACAUUGAGACGUGACCCGAAUGCCGGCCCAGUGAAUCUGACACUGUACAUGGAGUCCCUGUGCCCAGACUGCAAGAACUUCUUUGCUUCACAGCUGUAUGACACAUGGGUUGCACUCGGUACCAGUGUUCUUAACCUCACACUUGUACCAUAUGGAAAUGCAAGGGAGACAAAAGAUGGGGACAAAUGGAAGUUUGAGUGUCAGCAUGGAGAACAGGAGUGUAUUGGCAACCUAAUAGAGACAUGUGCCAUUGCCAUUAUAAAGGACAUCAAUAUUUACUUCCCCUUCAUCAACUGUAUUGAAUCAAAGAAUGGAAUGCCAGAAAAAGAUGCAGAAACGUGUGCAGCCAAGAACAAGAUAGACCUGGAGCCCAUCAUACAGUGUGCCAACGGACCGAUGGGCAACGACCUUGAACACCAGAUGGCUCUAAAGACGGACGCUCUCAAUCCACCACAUCAAUAUGUACCCUGGGUCACUGUCAAUGGGGUCCACACAGAGGCGAUGGAGAAGGAGGCAGAACAGUCUCUGGUCACACUUAUCUGUGAUACAUACAAGGGUCCCACCCCAAAGAAGUGCCUUCAGUUGGCAGAGCAGAGAAGAUCCAGUCGUUGCUAUACAAACUAGAUCACGGUGAAAAAUGUAGUUCAAAGUGCACCAACAACUAAAUAUCAACACUUGAACAGCAGUUAUUAAUAAUAUGUUGGUUCCGGUUUUAUUUUAGAUUAAAAUUACAAUGGCUUCAAGAGUGUAAAAUAUUAUACAGUCAUGUAUGAACAGAAAAUAUACAGUAUGUUAGUUUGAUAUCAAUAAUAGAAAUGUACAAAAUUUAUCGUUUUUUUCUAUAGAUGUAAACUUAUGGUAUGCUUUUUCUAGAAAUUGUACUUAACUGUGAUAAAACUUGAAAUGUUCAACUUUUGUAAGACAUGCCCCUUGUUUGUUAGUUUGUUUUUAUAAAUUUUACAUCAAUUAAAAAAUUAAUGAUUGUGUUUUUCUGUUGGAAUCAUAUACAUUCAAAUAUCUUGCAAAAUUUCUUGUAUUGUGUGAAUAAUUUGUAUCAAACAUGUUAAACGUAGUGGCAUGUGUCCUAGCAAAAUAAAAUAAAUAUAGAACUAAUACUUUUUCAGCAAGAAAAACAGUAAAAAGCAGGAUUUUGCUGUCUGAAACUAUUAUUACACUAACACAAAUUUACUUAAACAAAAGUAUAUCAAUAUCUUUUGUGUUGAGUACUUAUGCAUACAAUUUGACAGUCAAAUUAUGUUAACAUAUUUUUGAAUGUCAAUAGUUUAUUUUAAUGGUUAUUCUUUUACAUGGCAUAACAAUAUGAACAUAUUAAAUGUGUUAUCUUAUCCAGGGAGUAUGAAUGUUUGAAUGUGUUUUUAAUAUAUAAAUAAAGUCCUUACAUUUUCUAGUCUCUUAAUAAAAUCAGGUUAAGAUUAUUAUGUAUUUACUUAAAAUAUAACUGUAUAUGACUGUGCAAUAACUUAAGUUAGUGUUAUAGUAUAAUGUAUAGUUCUGACUUUGCAAUAACUUAAGUUAGUGUUAUUGUUUAACUUAUAGUUCUGACUUUGCAAUAACUUAAUAUAACUUAUAGUUCUGACUUUGCAAUAACUUAAGUUAGUGUUAUAGUAUAACUUGUAGUUCUGACUGCAAUAACUUAAGUUAGUGUUAUAGUAUAACUUAUAGUUCUGCCUUUGCAAUAUCUUAAGUUAGUGUUAUAGUAUAACUUAUAGUUCUGACUUUGCAAUAAAUUAAGUUAGUGUUAUAGUAUAACUUGUAGUUCUGACUUUGCAAUAACUUAAGUUAGUGUUAUAGUAUAACUUAUAGUUCUGACUUUGCAAUAACUUAAGUUAGUGUUAUAGUUUAACUUACAGUUCUCAGUUAAAGUAAUAAUUGACAUACCAAAUAUAAGUUUUUACAGCUUUAUUAAUCUUAUCAUGUUUAAAUAAAUAAAUACUGUUUUGGGCUUAAAUAGUAACGUGUGUGCAUGCUGCAUCUUACAUGUCUGAGCAUUUUAUAUACUUUUACCAACUUUACAGAUUUUACCAUGUAUAUUAUUGUGUAAAAAUUUUGAAUACAAACAUUCACUAGAUACCUAAUAAAUUUUCUGUCAAUUGCUCAUUAUUUCAGUUUUAAAUGACAACAGGCUUUUUAUAUAAACAGAUCGGCGGAUAACCACUACUCAUUUAGCAUGCAUAUGGAUUUAAGUUUAAAGAUAUAAAACAUGUACAUUUGUGUACAUUAGGAUAUGUCCCUUAGCUGUGAGCUAUUUGUGAAACAUCAUGGUUAAGGAGUAAUUUAUUGUUCUUGUUUAUCAUAUUUGACUGGUUUAUACUUGAUGAUAUAGAAAUUAUUUUCAUUAAUGUUAACGUCAGCAUAAUGUACCUUUUGAUUGAAAUACAAUACAUGAAAAUUGAA